AUGACGUCGAGCGGACGAUCGACGACGACGACGACGACGACGUGCCGCGCUCGAUGCUCGCGAGACGCGCGAAUCGAGGACGCAUCGGUGCGAACGGACGCGCGCGCGUGGACGACGGCGACCGCGUUGGCGGUGGUGCUCACGCUGGGGGGGGCGGGCGACGCGCGCGCGGCGCCAGAGGGGGUUUUCGACGUCGCGGCGAACGCGCGGGCGGGACUGGAACGCUUGGAGGAGAUCCCGGUCGUCGGUGCGCUGGUGAAGGAUGAAGAGAUCGCGGUGGAGGCGGUGCGCGACGGGCGCACGGCGGGGGAGAAGUUGGAUCUGUUUUUAGAGAAGGAGCCACCGAUCGCCGUCGCGCUCGUCGCGAUGCUCUUGGUGAACGGAAGCUUUGGUCUGGUUUACACCCUGUUCGUGCGCGAGACGAGCGUCGGUCCGGGUGGGGAGUUUGGAAAAGCCGUCGUCGCCGUUCGACAGUCCGUCGUGAAGGGAAUCUUCGCCUUCUUUAACUCGGCGCUCGGUCGAUACACGACCAAGGAUUCGCGAGACGCCUGA